GACUGUUUCCUGUUUCACACUUCCGUCUCUACGCAGCAACGAAAAAACACAGAAACACCGCACAGGGAAGAGACUGCAGAGGAUCAUGGCUGAAGUGGAGGAAACACUGAAGAGGAUUCAGACACACAAAGGUGUUAUAGGGACAAUAGUUGUAAAUGCUGAAGGUAUUCCUAUUAGAACAACGUUGGACAAUUCCACCACAGUGCAGUAUGCAGGCUUACUUCAUCAGCUCGCUAUGAAAGCCAGGAGUACAGUCCGAGACAUAGACCCUCAGAAUGACCUCACUUUUCUACGUAUUAGAUCCAAGAAACAUGAGAUCAUGGUGGCACCUGACAAAGAAUAUCUUCUGAUAGUGAUUCAGAACCCGGCUGAAUAGAAGGACAGAAUCAGCAAGCGCACACUUUAUAUCAUGCGUAUUCAUUUAUCUUCUCAUUGCCUUACUGGUUUAAUCUGCUUUCUGCAACCUAAAAUUGAAUUUUAAUAGCAUUUCUAUAAAACAUACACUUGUAUACUUUUUACCUUGCAAAAACACUUUGUUUAAUGAAAUAAAAUGUCAUCUGCAGGGAAAAAUCUAGUUAAGCUCUUUAUUUAAUUUCAGUAAUGUAGCUGAUUUGAUAUUGCUCAAUUUUAACCAAAGGCUUUUUUAACUUCACUAAACUGUCCACUAGAUGGAGCUGUUUCUCUAGACAUUGGAAAUUUUACUAUUGUAUUUUUGUAUGUAUUGGUAGCAUGUUUUCCUCACACCUCCAGGGUUGGGUGUUUAAAUUCUGCCCCCGCCCUGUGUGCAUGGAGUUUGCAUGUUCUCCCUGUGCUUCGGGGAUUUCCUCCAGGUACUUUGGUUUCCUCCCCCACUCUAAAGACAUGUGCUGUAGGCUGAUUGGCAUUUCCAAAUUACCUGUAGUGUGUGCAAUUGUACCCUGUGAUGGGCUGGCAUCCCAUCCAGGGUGUCCCCUGCCUUGUGCCCCAAGUUAGGGAUAGGCUCCAGGCUCGCCCUCGACCCUGUGUAGGGUAUGCGGUACAGAAAACAGAUGGAUUUUGUAUGAUGACGCUUAGCAGGGACCAUUUGAUUAAGGAUUCCUAGCUUGAAAAUGUCAUCAUUUUGCCUCUUCGAGAGGCUUCUUCUACAGGGACUUCUAGAAUGACCGAAAUGACAUUUUAAAAAAUUAAAUAGAAUAAAGGGUAUAUGAUGAUUGUUAAUAGCUUGAAGUAAAAAAUUCGCCUUAGCAUGUGGAAAGAUACACAGCACUUGGGACAAAGAAAGGCCACACUGAUUAACAACGGAGCGUGUUGGAUAUGGCGAAACACAUGUACUACUCCCGAUUUAUUUAUUCAUUGAUUUAUUCAAUGUUUUUAAUAUAUUUGUAGAAUAGAAAAUACCAAAGACAUAAAAAAAAAAAAUCACGGGAGUUGGAGGGAUUGGUCAGAAUUCCUUCAGGAGCAGGCAGGGGGGGUCAUAAAAACAUAUCAUGAUGUUACACUGGCAAUUACCAUUGACAAGCAUUAAAUUAAUUAUAUUAAUUACUAUUAAAGUAUUCAAAGGAAAUAAAAAAAAAAUCAAUAUGUUUUAUACUUUAUUAUAUUUAUUAUAUGCACAGUAAUGGUUACAAUGAAUGGGGCUUAGUGGUUAGCACAUUUACCUCGCACCUCCAGGGUUGGGGGUUCAAAUCCCGCAGAGCCUGGAUCCUCUACCUGUGCUUUGGGGGUUUCCUCUGGGUACUCCAGUUUCCUCCCCUAGUCCAAAGACAUGCAUUGUAGGCUGGUAGGCAUUUCCAAAUUGUGUAUGGGUGUGUGAUUGUACCCUGCCUUGUGCCUUGUGUAUAGGAACUAAAUAAUUUACACUUAACUAACCCUAAACCUAUCCUUAAACCACACACACACAAAACAAAAAACAUCAUUUUAGUUUACAGUGUCAUUCAUAAGCCUUAAUUCCCUCAAAUGGAUAAAUCAAAAUAAGGGUAUGCCUUAUAGACAAAAUAAAUGAUGGGAUCUAUUGGAUAAAUGCCAAUUAUUAUGGAGAAAAUAAAUAAACAAGCCACUGCAGCGUUCAACCCAAAACAAGUUUAAAAGCAGCACAUGAUUUAAACAAUAUCUAACAUUAAGCUAUUAGCUAUCUUUAGCUAAGCUCAUCAAUAUUUCAAUCAAUGCUCACUUACUGAGGAACAGAGGCUCUUAUACUGUUACAUUAUACUUGAACCGCUUAUCCAUUGAACAUUCACAGUAUAAGAAGCGAAACUGGUUAUUGUAUAGAGGCUAGUUUGUGAUAUGUUCUAAAUUGUAAUAAUAAUAAUAAUAUAUUGUGUCACUAUUGCAUGCUUUGUAUUAUGUCACUGAUCCAGUUCUACUAAAAGACUUUAAUUUCCAACUAAACUACAUGUAUUAUUUCUUCUUUAUUAAUUUAAUAACAUGCUGUGGAGCAGAGCAGAGUCCACAGGUUUGUAGUCUCAAUCUGCUUCCAUUAGUAUGUUACAAGUCA